GCCCACCAGAGCUGCACAGAGCAGGAAUGGAGGGGGACUUGGCCAGGAGAGCAGCCCGGCUGCCUGCGCUGCUGCUGGCGCUGCUCGGCUUCGCGCCAGGUGAGUGCCCGGGCACCGUGCCCUCGUCCCAUGGGGUGGGCAGUGGUGCUGUUGCGCUGCGUCCCUGCUGUCCUACAUCCUCGCGGGCUCUCUCGGCCGCAUGGGUCCAAGGCAGGCGCGCAAGCGCGUGAUGCUCCACGGAGAGGUUUCAUAACAGGGGGCACCAAGCAUCCCACUGCCCCAUCCCGGGGGGUUUUGCUUGCCGCCGCCGCCGCUCGCGCCCCAUGGAGCCUGUUAACCCCGGGCUGUGCCCGCUGGGGCUCUUACGUAAAACGUUGAGAGAGGAAUCCCCUUAAUUCCCAGCGUGCUAAUCCACACAUUUAAUAAUUCCCAUAAAACCCUCGAUUCCGACAGAAAGCAUCUUCUAGUCCGGGCAGAUUAGCAGGGAGCUUUUAUCUUCCUAAUGCUUAAUUGGCUUCGGAGUGUGCGGCCGUCGCACGGGGCUGGCGGUGGCGGCACAGGGUGCGUAUGGUGGCAUAAAUAUGGCCCUGCACGAUGGCAGAGGGGCUGCUGGGGGCUGCGGGUCCUCCAGCCCCCCCUUGAUCAGAGAUAUCCGCUUUGGGAGCGCGGGGGUGAUGAAAGAGUGAAGCUUCCUUGAUGUGUGUUGAAUAAACCCUGGGGUUAAAUUGCUGGCGGAGAUCUUUUGCUGAGGUCUGAGACCUGAGCUGGAUCAAGGUGCACAGAGAACACCCUCCUUCCUCUCUCAAACCAUUUCUGGGGGCCCAUGGCCUCAAGUCACCAGGACAGGAGGUGAUGGUGGUGGCCGGGCACCCCCCUGCUUUCUCCAGCCAUCGUUUCCCCUAUGCGCUGGGGGCUGUGGAGACAACCCCCCCCCCCCACACUACCCUUCCCUUGCUGCAUCGUGGGGCUCAGCAUCUGCUUAACAUCUGUGCAGGGGGCUCAUGUGCCAGCCCACUACUGGGCCCCAAAAUGUGGGGAUCCCCCAGGGAAGGAUCAUGCAGGAUGGGAGGGAGCAGGGCUCAGCCCAGCAUAAGGAUGCAAUCGAUGGAAGGACCCAGAAGAGCCCCUUGAUGUGCAGGAUCAGAGCAGCAAGUGCCCGGUGAUGGAGAGCUCCUUUUCCCCAGCAGAGCCAAGAAGCAGCUUGUAAUUCAGGCUGCACGAGGGCUUUUUAUAAAGCGAACGCUGGGAUGUCUGCUUUUAAUCUGCUUUAAUAUAGAAGCACAUCUGUUUCUGUCAGGGUGGGGGGAGAGGAGAGGACUGUGGGGACACUUUGCCCAGGUCCCAGCGUGGAUGGGGCAAAGCCUAGCCUCACUCCUGGGCAUCCCAGUGUGUAGAAUGGGGACAGGUGGUGAGGGGCUUUGAGGAGAUGCUGGCCCUCUCUCACCGGCAGGGCUGGAGGCGGUGGAGGAGACAGCUUGUAGGUAGGCGGGAGCUGCCUGUGCCAGGAGCUGGUGCUGAGCGUGACUGCAGAGUGCUGCUGGUGCUGCCAAAAAUCCACAGUGUAGGCUCAGCCCGAAGUCCUGGAGGUGGCUCCAUCCCUCCUGGGUACCCGCAGUCUCCUCCAUGUCCCCACGCUCACCCACACACGGCAGUGGGAUGCAGGACUGGUGUGUGCCCACAAGCAUCCCUCUGGAACCAGAUCCAUCCUGGUCCGGUCCAGUCCCGCUGCCGUAACUGUUGUGAUCUUUCGUAGGCAUCUGGGCUGAGGCGCGUUUUAAGGCGGACAAUGAGGUUUUGCAGAUGCUGGCGGGGAACUCCUCGCAGAGUCUGUUGGAGCAUUGUUCUGGUGAGCGCCCGGCCGCAGUGCCGAGACCGCGCCGUUCAGAUGCAGCUUCGGCAUCCGAACACGUAGCUCUUGUUGGACAUCAGCUCUCGACCCUGGCAACCUCCCCUCCCUGCUAGCAGCAGCUCCGCACGGCCUCCGUGGUGUCCCCAUCCCGCAGAGGGACAUUGCAAUGGGCAGAGAGAACCGGGCAGGGCGAUGCUUCCUCUUCCUCAUCCUCUUCCUCCAGCUUGGACAGCGGUGCCGGAGCUCCUGUUCGGCCAGGUGCAGGCGCAGCCCCGGCAGGUGUCUGGCGUCCUGGGGGGCUCGGUGCUGCUCUCCCCAGUGCUGCCCCCCGGCAGCAGGGUGAAGGAGAUCGAGUGGAGCUUCUCCUCUGGUGCCGGUACCACCAUCCAGGUGGCUGAGUUUGGCCCAGGGGGCUUCGAGCGCCCAGACCCCCAGGACCGCUUCAAGCAGCGCCUGGAGAUGCCCAACACCACAGCAUUGAGGAUUGGGGCCCUGGAGCUGGGAGACAGCGGGGUCUAUGGGGCACGGAUCAAACUGCACCCAGCGCUGGUGGAGGACCAAUCCUUCAACCUGUCUGUCUACGAGUCAGUUCCGAGGCCUCGGACCCACAGCCAACUGCUGGCCAGCACCCUGGAGUGGUGCAACCUGACCUUGCAGUGCCAGGGCACUGGCAAAGGGGCUGUCAACGUCACCUGGAGGAGGGACAAUGGCCGGCAGGAGCUGGGUACCGACCGCUCACAGCUGUCCCCGGAUGGCACCACGCUGCGUCUGGCCCUGCAGCCCGGCACUGCCAAUGCCACCUACACGUGCACUGUCAGCAACCCUGCUGACCAGAAGGUCGUCCCCUUCGACCUGCAGAGCAUCUGCCGCAGUGGAGGGGGACAGGUGUCCUUCUCCAAGUCGGGGUACAUCGUCCUCACCCUCAUCCUGCUGGCUGUCAGCCUUGGCGGAGCCUUCUGGUGCUGGCGACUCAACAGCGAGAAGUCAGCAGAUCCAGCUGCCACCCCCACGGCACCAGCUGAGGAGAGCCCCCCAGAGCCCCAAUACACCGAGAUCGUGCACCGCAGCCCCCCGGAAGGUAAUGACCAGGGCCUACGUCCCCCUGAAAACAACCCGGAGCCAACCUCGACGGAGAAAGCACCAGGCAGCACCGUUUAUGAACAGAUCCACCAGGAGCCAGAGGACACGGCCGAGGAGGCACCGACAGCGCUGGAGCGUCAGGAUGUAACCCAAGGGCUGUAACGUACAUUGUGUGCCAAACCCGAUCCCUCUCCAGCCCCUGGUUUGGCUCCAGGGAUGGAGGUGCCAUCUCUGGGUACAGCCGGCCGGAUGCUUCCCCAUCCACCUCUGGUUUGUCCAACCCUCUGUCUGAAGCCCUCGUGGCCCCUUUGGGGACAUGGAGAUGAGCGGCAACGAUGAGGCUGAGUCCCUCCUCCAGCACCGGGCUGGGAUGUGGCUCCAUCACCCACACAACUGGAGGUCCCAGCCCCAUUUCUGCUAGCUGAGAGCGUGGGCUGCCCUGAAGCAAGAAGAGGGGAGCUGAAACCUUUAUUUUUUGGGUGGGAGGGAGGAAUUGGGGUCAAGAGGAGGCAAAGUUGGGUGGGCGGGGGCAGAUCCAAGCACUGCAGAUCCAGGAUGGGACUACCUGGGGCAGAUUGCCCUCCCACCCCCCACUGCUCCCAGCCUCCAGCUCAGCACCCCUCCCCCCUCUCCUGAGGUCGAACAGACCCUGGUGGUGACAUCCCCAGGGCCAUGUGGGGGGACCAAUGGCUGGGGGAGGACCGAUGCCUGUGGGAGACGUGCCCGCUCUUCCCCCACCCCAUAGCCGUUCCUGUGUCGCCUAUGUGCUGCCAUUAAGCGGGGGGGAGGGGGGGAAGUUUCACUUGUGUGUGUCCAGCACCUACUGUCAUGGGCCCCGUGCUUGGCCCAACCUCCCCACGUUGUAAAAACAGCAAAUAAAUCUUGGUGAGAGCGUA